AUGGCAGAAGGGUUAUCGUGGGCCUCGACGCAAAUGCCACUCUGGCAUUGUGAUCGCCGACAUUACGUGGGAAGAGGGCAAACAGUUGAAUAUCGAAGGCAGCAGAUGGACGCAUUCAUCAUUUCACAUGCCCUUACUUUGGCUAAAAUGCCUGACAAGCCCUACACCUUCUCUGGGCCUGGUGGGAAGUCCAAUGUGGAUUUGACCCUAACCACUGGGGACGUUUAUCUUGCCGAUUGUCGGGUGCGCGAGGGGAUCUGCGCCAGCGAUCACAACCUCAUUACUUUCACGGCCAAGAUCAACAGGCCGACCACGUGCGCUGCACCCGUUAAAGAGCCCCCUCGUUUUCGCGACCGAGGGGUGGAUUGGGACAGGUUCCGGGCUAUAAUCAAACUGCGAUUGGGAUGGCUGCAUGUGGAAAAUGUCCCGCAGCUCUCCUGGCGGAGGAGUUCUCAGGGGUCAUCAUCCACUCCGCGGAGGAGGGCCAAGGGUAACGUCGCCCCAGGGGGUCGGGGGGUACGAAUGGUGGACUACUGA